UUAUUUUGGUGACCAGUCACUUUCAUAGGAGAGUGCCUUUGAUUUUUCUUUUAACUUGAUUGACUUGCUGCCCUUUUACAAAGGCAAUUUCAUUGACUCCAUCUUUCUUGGUUCCCCUCUUUAGCCUACCAACCAUAUAAUAUUUUUUUUUAUGUUAAUGAAGUGAAAAAAUGUUAUAACUCUUCAUUUUGCUGUGUUUAAUGUCAGAAAAUCCUCUGUUUUAACUUCUUUAUUUCAUGGCUUUCAAAAUCUUAUUUCAUAUUAUAGUGAUUUGUUUUGGGAUCUUAUUAACACCCACAAUCUUUGCUCAAGAUUCAAAGCAGUUCAUAUAUCAAGGCUUCCAACAAGCCAAUCUUCAUAUUGAUGGAGCUGCAACAGUCCAAUCUAAUGGAUUGUUGCAGCUAACAAACUAUACAAAACAGCUAACUGCUCAUGCUUUUCAUCCACAACCUCUAAAUUUCUCUUCUUCGUCGUCUCUUUCGUUUUCCACCCAUUAUGUUUUUGCCAUGUACCCUGAAAUUCAAGCCAUAAGUGGUCAUGGAAUUGUGUUUGUUCUGUCUCCUUCGAUGAGCUUUCCCCAUGGUGUUCCAGGCAAGUUUUUCGGUCUUUUUAAUUCUUCAUCAGAUUUUAUGCCUUCAGAUCAUAUAUUUGCUGUGGAAUUAGAUACCAUUCAGGAUUAUGAAUUCUCUGAUAUUGAUAGUAACCAUGCUGGGAUUAAUAUCAAUAGUCUGAUAUCAAAUGCAUCAGCUUCAGCAGCUUAUUAUUCUGAUGCUGAAAAAGUGAUUAAGAGUCUGAAUCUUAUAAGCGCGAAAAGAAUGCAGGUUUGGAUUGAUUAUAAUCAUAAAAACAUGUUAGUCCAGGUAACAAUGGCUCCUAUUGAAGUCCCUAAACCAAGUAGGCCUUUGUUAUCAUUACAUGUCAAUCUUUCUGAAGUUCUAACAGACACCAUGUAUGUUGGUUUCUCUUCAUCUACUGGGUCAGUGGCUAGUCGUCACUAUCUACUUGGGUGGAGCUUUGCCCAUGGCAGGGAGGAGGCUCAAAGACUCGAUUUAUCAAAGCUUCCUACGCUUCCUCGUUAUGGAAGUCGAGGGAGGAAAUUGAGUAUAGGCUCCAUGAUCCUGCUGAUUGUGAUAUCAGUGAUAGUGGUAACAAUUGGGAUAGUUUUUUAUGUCAUAAGAAGGAAGAAAUUCGAGGAAGUAAUGGAAGAUUGGGAGCAAGAAUACCUCCUGCAGAGAUUUUCGUUUAAGGAUCUUUACAAAGCUACAAAGGGGUUUAAAGAUAAGGAGCUGUUGGGAGCUGGAGGUUUUGGGAAGGUUUAUAAGGGGAUUUUAAGUUCACCGAAACUUGAAGUUGCUGUUAAGAGAGUUUCACAUGGUUCAGGGCAAGGAAUGAGAGAAUUUGUUGCAGAAGUUGCUUGUAUGGGGAGGUUAAGGCACCGUAAUCUGGUACAACUCCUAGGGUAUUGUCGAAGGAAAGGAGAGUUGCUCUUAGUCUAUGAUUACAUGCCUAAUGGCAGUCUUGACAAGUAUCUUUAUGAAGAUGAAAACCCAAGUCUUUCAUGGAGUGCAAGGUUCAAGAUCAUUCGUGGUGUGGCUUCUGCGCUUGUAUACCUUCAUGAAGAGUGGGAGCAAGUCAUUGUGCAUCGAGAUGUUAAGGCUAGUAACAUUCUACUAGAUGCUGACAUGAAUGCAAGGCUAGGUGACUUUGGACUAGCAAGGUUAUAUGAUCAUGGUACCAAUCCUCAGACUACCCAUGUCGUUGGAACUGUUGGAUAUCUUGCACCCGAGCUCACUAGAAAGGGAAAGGCAACUACUAGCACUGAUGUGUUUUCAUUUGGGGUGUUCAUCCUUGAAGUUGCCUGUGGAAGGAGUCCUAUUAGCCUUCAAGGUCCAAACGAAGAAACGUAUUUGAUUGAUUGGGUGUAUGAAUGCUGGAAGAAAGGGGCGAUUGUUGAGGCAAGUGAUCCUAAAUUAGGAAGGAAUUACGUUGUGGAAGAAUUGGAACUAGUUUUGAAGCUAGGCAUGGUUUGCUGUUAUCCAAAGCCUGAAGGAAGACCUAACAUGAGGCAAGUUAUGCAGUUUCUGAAUGGAGAUAAUGCUCUGCCUGAGAUGGUUCCUUUUGAUACUAAAGCUGCUCACACUACAUUCAAUAAUCAAACUUUGGGUUCGUAUCCUACAUCUUCUGAAGGCAACUUUGCUAAUGUUUCAUAUAGCAGUGAAUCCAUACUACAUGUUGGUCGAUAAUUUAGUUCAUAUUGUAUGGUCUCAUGUAUGUAAGCUCAUAACCAACCCUGCUUCUGCAAGGUUUUGUAAUGUAGUUUCUGAUAUUCUAAGUAAUUUUCCAGGGAAUUUUCUCAGGCCGCCUUUUUGUUAUAAUGUUUCAAGUUGGCCUGAUGAACAACUGUUGUAUGAAGGUCACCGUUUAAUUAUCAUAUCUAUCAUGUGAAAUUGCUGAAUGAAA